GGGCCGGGGCAGGGCCGGCGCGCAGCCUCCCUCGGCCUUGCCAAUCCGCGGGCUCUUCGCGACCGCGGUCUCCGGCCCCCCGCCCGCAGACAGCGCCUAUAGGCUGUCUACCGCCUUCCUAUAGGCUGGCGCAGGCCGUCUUCCGGCCGGGGCGGGCUCUCGCCGUGGCGGGAAAACGGCGGCCGCGGCGUCUCCUCCGGGACGCUGAGGGGCCCGAGGAGACCGUGAGGUUCUGGCCUGCAGCUCGCGCCGCCAUGGACGCGGCCGAGGUCGAAUUCCUCGCCGAGAAGGAGCUGGUUACCAUUAUCCCCAACUUCAGUCUGGACAAGAUCUACCUCAUCGGGGGGGACCUGGGGCCUUUUAACCCUGGUUUACCAGUGGAAGUGCCCCUGUGGCUGGCAAUUAACCUGAAACAAAGACAGAAAUGUCGCCUGCUCCCUCCAGAGUGGAUGGACGUAGAAAAGUUGGAGAAGAUGAGGGAUCAUGAACGAAAGGAAGAAACUUUUACCCCAAUGCCCAGCCCUUACUACAUGGAACUUACCAAGCUCCUGUUAAAUCAUGCUUCAGACAACAUCCCGAAGGCAGACGAAAUCCGGACCCUGGUCAAGGAUAUGUGGGACACUCGUAUAGCCAAACUCCGAGUGUCUGCUGACAGCUUUGUGAGACAGCAGGAGGCACAUGCCAAGCUGGAUAACUUGACCUUGAUGGAGAUCAACACCAGCGGGACUUUCCUCACACAAGCGCUCAACCACAUGUACAAACUCCGCACGAACCUCCAGCCUCUGGAGAGCACUCAGUCUCAGGACUUCUAGAGAAAGGCCUGGUGCAGGCGGCUUGCUGGGGGAUGUGAGUGCUCAGGACGUGAUGAGGUACUUGUGGUUCUGGAGCUCUAGAAACACUUCUGAUGCAUGAAAAAUGUGUGAUGGUGCAAGGAAUGGAUUCAGGAUGUUGUUGGAGAAACAAGUUUGUGAUUAGUCCUUAAAACUUAGCUCCCUGGGACAUUCUUCAAUUCCACAUCUGUUUCUAGAAACCAGCCCUUUCCCCCCCCUCCUUUUGAGAAAUAAAAAAGCCUUAGGCAAAUAAGUUAAUUCUCCCUAGCAGAGCCACUUGGGUCUCCUGCAUGGGAACUGUCACACUUGGGCAGGUGUUCAGUGACUGGUAGGUGUAGAUAUAGCAGGAGUGGCCACGUGGUCCACGGCUUUUUUCCCCCUUCUUGAUCCUGAUUUCUUGGGCUGAAUUUAGACUCUCUCACAGAGGUGGGUCACAGAGAAGGAUGGCAGAUGGUGCAGCUAACAAUGCUGACCAGUGCUUAUCCUCUAAGCCCUGAUCCACAAUAAAAAUGGACCCAACUCAA